AUGGAGGAACAUGUAAGUUUUAAACUGAACAAUGGGCAUUCUAUAAGAUUUUGGCUUGAUAAUUGGAGUAAUACUGGUACUUUGAGGUCUAAAUAUCCUGCAAUUUAUAAAGUAUGCAGUAGAAAGAAUGCAUCUUUGUCUGACAUGAUUGUGGAUGGGAGAUUGCAUUGUCAGGUCAGGAGAAGGCUUUAUCAUUAUGAACAGUUGGAAUGGGACUUAUUAUGUAAUGAAUUAGGACAUGUACAUGGGAUGAAUGGGGAAGCAGAUGUUGUGGAGAUUAUGGGAGGAUUUUCAGUCAAGAAGUGUUAUGAUUUAUUAGUUCAGGAGGAUGUUGUUUGUGACUUUAGUAAGUUUUUGUGGAAAAAUGGUAUUCCUCUAAAGGUGAGCUUCUUAAUUUGCGCAAUAUUUCAUGAUUCAUUGCGAACAUAUGCUAUGCUCAGUCACAGAGGUAUGCCCUUUGAUGAUGUCAGAUGUUCUUUAUGUAAAGGGGAGGAGGAAACUACAGAUCAUCUUAUGCUCAGAUGUCCUUUUGAAGUUAAGGUAUGGUCUUAUUUCAUCAAGGCUUUUCAGAUCUCUUGGGUUUUUCCUGACACAGUUAAGAAAAUUUUUGAAUCUUGGAGGAUGAAUAAUUUGAAAGGAAGGUGUAAACAAGUUUGGUGGAAGGUAAUAUAUGCAGUGCAUUGGCAACUUUGGAAAGAAAGAAAUAACAGGGCUUUGGGGGGAAGAGCUAGAGAUACAGAUGAGGUGAUAAUGCUCAUUAAGCAGACUAUUGUGCUUUGGUUUUUUGAUAGGGAUGUUUUCAAAGAAAUUACUGUAAAUCAAGUUAUAUUUCAUUGGGAAACAGUUUUGCAUAUGUGA